UUAUUCAUGUGCACUUCGGAAUUUUAGUCGUUCUACGGUCUCUUCUCUCCUUACUGUCUUCAGCAUUAGAACACCAAGCGCACUACAAUUGUAGAGGAUCCUUCCCAAUUGAGGGAUAUGACUUCAGAAGGGUCGAGACAUGCAGCUAUCACUUCAGACGACCAUGGUGCUCUGUUGACGAUGACUGCAUGGUUUCUAUCUUGCACGCUGGUACUUUUCACUACCGCUAGAUUGACCGUACGAUUCACUACGCAACACAUGCCAGGAACGGACGAUGUUCUCAUUGUCAUUGCUGGGGCCUUCGCUAUUGGAAGUACUAUUGCAAUCUCUUUUGCAGUCAACUCUGGUCUUGGCAAGAGGUCCUACCUGCUGGCUUUUGGGGACGUUAGUCACAUACAGAAGGAUAUGUAUGUGGCCACAAUUCUUUACGUUUUGACAGUUGGCGUCUCAAAAUUCUCAAUCGCUAUGUUCCUCUCCCGCUUGGCUUGUGCAAGGAUGCACAAAGUUGUUGUCGUGACACUCAGCGGCAUUAUCAUAUGCUGGACGACUGCGGCAACUUUCGGUGUCUCUUUUCAGUGUGAACUACCACGUCCGUGGGAAGUGUUCACAGGGAAAUGCAUCCCUCUUCUGCCAUUCUGGAUAUCCGUAGGGGCUGUGGAUGUAUUGACUGAUCUCGUUAUGGUCGUCUUACCAAUCCACAUCGUGUGGGAUUUGCAGAUGGCACCGAGCAAGAAAGCCGUUGUCAUUUUCAUAUUCACACUUCGUUCCGUACUCAUUGCCAUGUCCAUUCUCAGACUGAUCUUCUUCACCAAGUUCGUUACCGCAGACCCUGCAUUUGACAGCAUCCCGUACGGUAUUUUAACGCAAUGCCACUCCACCCUCUCCGUCAUUGUGGCCUGCAGCCCUGCCCUCAAACCAUUCAUGGACAACGUCACCACCGGCAUGCUCAGUGCCUCUCUCGGGAAGCACACUACUGGGACGACAUUUGGAUACAACAGCUACAACAUGCAGCCUUUGUCCAACAAUAGCAAGCAAGGUUCGGGAAACGGGAGUUCCAAACGCCUGAGCAAAACCCAAUCAAGUGUAUCCCCGACUCCUGAUCCGAAGUUCACUAUCGCGCACCAUAUCCGCUCCUCAAGCGGCGUUCAAGUUUUCGUUAAAGAUAACUUCGGUCGAUUAGUAAAGCAGCCACUUGCGGACAUCGAAUCUGCACCCGCGUCCUCACAUUCCUCGAAACCAAGAUCUCUGAAGUCGCCACCGCCACCAAGACCACCGCCUCCACCGGAAGAGUUGCGCCCAGAUCUCAGUGCUUUUAUGUCAAAAGUAAGAUCAGGGAGCCCGAUGUCGGGGAAUGGGAGUUCUCAAAGCGAUCAUAUUUACACGAGAUACUCAGAGGAGAGUGGGGAGAGUGGUGUAAGGAUUAUCGAGAAAACAAGGGCAUGGGAUAUGAGACAUGUCGAUUAUCAUGAGGGUGCGAUGUAA